GUUUCUAUGACGGGGCGGCUUCUUCCAGAUAAAACGUGUCGCGUUCUAGGACUUGGAUCCGUGAACUAUCUGGAAUCGCUGAUGAAACAUGUCUGGCCGUUGGCAGCGCCUUCAUCACUCCUGCCGGCCAGCAGCCCGUAUAAAAGGAGGAAGACACUCUGUCCUUUGAAGCUCGUUCCUUCGAUUUGCUACUAUACAACUCCUGCUACAAGCCCCGACACGACGGUUCGCCUUGCGGAGGUAUGGGGGAAGCGCUGACGCUCUGUCCAGUGUCCUCGCCCGUAAGCCUCGCACUGUGCAUGCUCAAUCUAAAGUUGACUUAGCCACCGAUCUAAUCUGUUCCUGCAUCUUUCUGAGCUCUUCUGUAUGAUCACUCUCGCCGAUUUGCUGCCACAAGCUUUCUCACUUGCAACUCCGAGUCUGUCGCGUUCCCUAUGCUGCAUCUUAUCCGAUUGGCUACCGACCGGAACACGCCACUUGCCGUGGCAUCACCAAGUAGUUUCAGAGACGCGCACCGUGCCACAUAUCUAACACCACCAACCCUAUUGCAGAUUGCUUUUCAGAAUGUAUGGAAAGCCUAGUGUAUCUGGCUGUGCAAUCACGCUGAACAUGUGAGCCCAGCGCGGGAAGUUGGCGCUCUAUCUUUGCUAUCUGCCUCAGUGUCUUUCACAUCUCAGCGUCAAUCUUUUGCUCUACAUAGCGUCCAGGGCCCCGCUUGAUGGUGCUCAGCUCCUACCUUAUGGCAGUUGCCAACUUUACACUCUUUCCGUACGUUGCUCAACCGGAUGUACUGUAUUUGCUGUGACAUCUGUGAGUGGGCCGCCGACUCUGCCUCUCUCGAGUGGUCCCGUACCCCUAGGAUACUAUGAAACGCUUCACAGCUAUCACUCGGAUAUACUCGUCUCAGCUGAGUCCAUGCUAAACUCUGGGACAUUCCCUCCUUUGACCGAUCCCGAAGUCUGGAUUAGCGCUGUGAUAGAUUCAUGGCAGACAUAAAUUGGACUUUAGAUUGGAGUGGCGAGAACGCUGCUGCUGCGAGUAGCUCAGGAUUUGUCUAGGUGCGAUACCUCUUCGGAUUGAAUACGUUUCAAUGCGGCAGAUAAGGUCAACAAGUUUUGCUUGCAACGAAGUACAAAUUGGCAGCACAACGAGCGCCAGAAGCAACGACCCGUUUUGCCAGCACUUAGCGCUCGUCCCCCGCCACAGUUACCUGUGUGAUAGGCGCCCUUUCAUGGCUUCCUAAGCUAUCACGGUGUCAUAUCGCACCAGCCACUUCCUGUGCGGCAGAAUAUAUCAAUCGUUUGGACGUUACCCAUCGGGGUCCUCAACGCAUCCGAGAGCUAUUGUAUCCAGAAAGAGUCUCCCAGUACCACACGAUACCAGAUGAUGUUCCUCUUCUCGACGACCGUCUGGUUCUACGCGCAUCUUUCCGAGAGCGCUACUCACGCCGAAGAUGUUUACAGGAUCCUGAGGCACUCAGCCUUCCGAUACACAUAAAUACUGGGCGUUCUCCGUGUACACAAGGAUCCAUCUCUUCCAUGUUCGGACUCCCACAGGGUAGCUGGGGUGCAUCCCAGAUCGACGCUCGCGCUGCUGGGCUGAAAAGCUGCUUCCGUACAAACAUACAAGUGGCUUUCAUCGUACUCGGCCACUUGGUACUCCUGACUUUUGGCUGGUCCUUCAUUGCCGUCUUGCUCCGCCAUGAAAAUCAUCAAAUCCCACUCCCGGACAUCGCCGCACAAAUCGCAGCCGAGACUCCUCGAGGCGUUACAUAUCUAGCCAGUCUUGUCGCCACUGUUCUCAGUCUGGUGUCGACCUGGCUCUUCUCCAAGGCUGUUCUCAUCCUGCUAAACACUGCCCUGCUUCGAGCAUCAGGUGGGGACACCAAGGGGAACCCCGCCUACAUGAAAGACUUUCAUUUCCUAGUGACACUGUCAAAUACUCGUUAUUUUUGGAGCUUGAGCUAUCCUAAGUGGAUGGUUCUUUCCUUUGUUGUCUUUGUUUUGAUCCAUACCACGGUGUCUGGCUGGACGGCUCUCUUAAACCCAACCUCGAUGUUGGCACCUGGAUACGUCACUGGAAGCGAACUCGACGUUGCCACUCCUGCAUUUGAAGAUUUCUUCGCUUCCGCGUCCUAUUACCUAGAAGAUUCGAGGGACUUGAUUUUAGACAUGACCGCUGGGGCUUAUAAGGAAAUGUUGGGUUUGGCGACGUUGGCGGGUCAGUCUGCUGCGGGGACAGACUUCUAUGAAGACUUCCCAAAUUUCUUCAACUAUAAUGGAGCGAGUUAUUCCUUCUCUACCGGCGGAAUACUUCCAGCUAUUCCGGAAUACGUCUUCGGCAACAACCAAUUGCAUACAAAUGUUACAACAAACGGCUGGGGUCUCUAUUUCAUGGGCGGAUAUGUUCCUAUAGACACCAAGGUGGUCACCAAAAUUUGGGGCCAGUCGCACAAUUACACAGUCCGUCAACAAGGUCUCACAGCCAAUGUUUCUUGCACUCAAAUAGCAGAGGGAGCGAUUCAAAGCGAAAGCGGCCCUGUGAUGCUACCAUCUUCCUUGUGGGAUGGUGAUUCAGGAUUCCAGUUCUGGCGAUCGCAGGUCCAAUGUGCCGAAACAGGGGGACCUCUCAAUCUCACCAAUCCGUAUGUCACCCAGACUUGGUCCAACAACUCAGACACAGCAGCGUGCAUUGCCAGCGGUUUUCUUCCGAUUAUACCGUGCCCGUUACAGAAUAUCACGGGUGCCGACAACAACAGCUUUGUGAUACACAUGUCUGGCGAAUGCAAGUACAGUUCAAUCGGGUCAACUCUUUGCCAGGUGACACCAUAUGUCACGGAAAUAGACGUGCUAUACGACAGCGGCGUCAUAUAUGCAUGGGAUAUUAUAACUCAGUAUCCGCUCGGCGCAACAAAUCCUGCUAUUAUGACUUACUUUGUAGGACUUGUCUACGAAUUCGGGCUCUACGCACAGGGAUAUAGCGGAAACACUGCUGGCGACGCUGUAAACUUCAUAACAUCCACUUUACCAGAAACUUUUCGGGCUGAUAUCAACAAUAUAUUGGAAAACUACUGGCGAGGUGUGAUUGAGUUUGGAGGAACCUACCUGCGCUCUGGAUUCUCCGCAAACAGCAACCUUACCUCGGACAUGAAGUCUUCCAUCAACGGCAAUAUUUAUGCCCAAACAGUAGGCUGGUCGAAGGGAUGGUCUUAUCGAGCUGUCAUAGCGCUCAUCUUUGCCAUGGUCCCCCAAACACUAGUAUCACUUCUGACAUUUUUCAUCCUUUAUCAGUCGGGAGGUGAUCGCCUCGGGUUUCCACCCGACUUUGACCCUUCAGACGUGUCCGAUGCUCUGCUGGCAACUGAUGUCAAUGGGGUCUGCUCUCAAAGUCGUGACGCCGCGUUCGAAGGGAAAGUUAUAAGGCUGAGGACAGAAGAUGGGAAGAGGAGAAUGUUGACGAUCGAGUCAUCACAACAAGUGCAGGAAAAAUAUGACGGGUAUGGAACGGAUAAUGAAGAAGGUCACAGCCUGAUGGGGGCAUAAAUGUGAUAAAAUAUGUCGCACCCGUAAG